GCUGAGGCUGGUCCAGCGAGUCCCUGAAACCUUUCUGAGCUUCAGUUUCGCAUCUGUUGUAGAGGUUAUUAAAACUCCCACGGGGAAAGGUAAGAACGGCACUUGCGAAGCAUAUGGUGCACAUCGGAGGGUCUGUCUUAGAGAAGGGAGGUGACUUUUUAGACAGCCCUUUAUCACUCCUGGAACCAACGCCUGGGAAAGUGGGUUGGGAAGGCAGCAGGGUGGGUGCAGCUAGACCUCGGGGAGCUGGCCGGCUGGGGCCUGUGGGAUGCGAGGGUCUUGGAAAGGGUAGGGAAGCAGUUGCUGUUCUUCCCCAUUGCUCUCUGAUGAGUCUAGACCAGAGGAGGGAGUCUGGCUCGGGUGGGGCUCUGCCCCCGGUCCCACCUCAGCGGUGACUCGGUGUAUGUGCCUCUCUUUCUCCUGCAGCUGCUGCCGCUCACCCCGUGUCUUCUGGCCGCUUCCCUCUUUGCUGCCCCUCCCCGCAGGCUCCCCCUCUGCACCUCCUGGGGACCAUCAUGAAUGGUGCCCCUUCCCUGGAGGAUGGGGCCUUCCCCUCUCCUCCUCCCUUGCCACCACCCCCUCCCCCUAGUUGGCGGGAGUUCUGUGAGUCCCAUGCCCGGGCCGCGGCCCUGGAUUUUGCCCGCCGUUUUCGCCUGUACCUGGCCUCCCACCCCCAAUAUGCAGGGCCCGGGGCCGAGGCUGCCUUCUCCCGCCGUUUUGCUGAGCUCUUCCUGCAGCAUUUUGAAGCUGAGGUGGCCCGGGUCUCUGGUUCCCUCUCACCACCCAUCCCGGCCCCUCUGAGUCCUGGUGUGGAGAUCCCACCACAUGACCUGUCCCUUGAGAGCUGCAGGGUGGGCGGGCCUCUGGCUGUGCUGGGCCCUUCUCGAUCAUCUGAGGACCUGGCCGGCCCCCUCCCUUCCUCGGUCUCUUCCUCUUCUACAGCCUCCUCCUCGAAGCCGAAGCUAAAGAAACGCUUCUACCUCCGUUCAGUGGGUCGCUCCGUCCGAGGUUCGGUCCGUGGCAUCCUGCAGUGGCGGGGGACCGUGGACCCUUUCUCCCCAGCCGGGCCCCUGGAGACCUCAUCAGGCCCCCCAGUGUUAGGUGGAAACAGCAACUCCAACUCCUCUGGUGGGGCUGGGACCGUUGGCAGGGGACUGGUUAGUGAUGGAACAUCCCCGGGGGACAGAUGGACUCACCGUUUUGAGAGGCUGAGACUCAGUCGGGGAGGAGGGACCGUGAGGGAUGGAGCCGGGAUGGUGCAGAGGGAAGAGCUGCUGAGUUUCAUGGGGGCUGAAGAGGCAGCCCCGGACCCGGCUGGAGUGGGCCGGGGAGGAGGGGCAGCUGGGCCUACCUCAGGGGGAGGAGGGCAACCUCAGUGGCAGAAGUGUCGCUUGCUGCUUCGAAGUGAAGGAGAAGGAGGAGGAGGAAGUCGCCUGGAGUUCUUUGUACCACCCAAGGCGUCUCGGCCUCGGCUCAGCAUUCCCUGCUCUACCAUCACGGAUGUGCGGGCGACCACAGCGCUGGAGAUGCCUGAUCGGGAGAACACGUUUGUGGUUAAGGUGGAAGGCUCCUCAGAGUAUAUCCUGGAGACAGCUGAUGCUCUACAUGUGAAGGCCUGGGUGUCUGACAUCCAAGAAUGCCUGAGCCCGGGGCCCUGCCCUGCUACCAGUCCCCACCCCAUGACCCUCCCACUGGCCCCUGGGGCCUCAUUUCUUACAAGAGAGAACACAGACGGCCUGGAACUGCCCUGCCUGAAUCACUCAGAGAGUCUGCCCAGCCAGGAUCUGCUGCUGGGACCCAGCGAGAGCAACGACCGCCUGUCACAGGGGGCAUAUGGGGGCCUUUCAGACCGCCCUUCAGCAUCCAUCUCCCCUAGUUCCGCCUCCAUUGCUGCCUCCCAUUUUGACUCAAUGGAACUGCUUCCCCCAGAGUUGCCACCCCGCAUCCCCAUUGAAGAGGAACCCCCAGCUGGGACAGUUCAUCCCCUCUCAACCCCCUACCCACCCCUGGACACUCCAGAAACAGCCACAGGGUCAUUCCUGUUCCAGGGGGAAUCAGAGGGAGGUGAGGGGGAGCAGCCCCUCUCAGGGUAUCCUUGGUUCCACGGGAUGCUCUCUCGACUCAAGGCUGCCCAGUUAGUACUGGCUGGAGGCACCGACUCCCAUGGUGUUUUCCUGGUACGUCAGAGUGAGACGAGGCGGGGCGAAUAUGUCCUCACUUUCAACUUCCAGGGCAAGGCCAAGCACCUGCGUCUGUCGCUGAAUGAGGAGGGUCAGUGCCGGGUCCAGCACCUGUGGUUCCAGUCCAUUUUUGAUAUGCUCAAGCAUUUCCGGGUGCACCCCAUCCCGCUGGAGUCUGGAGGCCCCAGUGACGUUGUCCUUGGCAGCUAUGUUGUGUCCUCCCAGCGGCAGCAGGGCCGAGAGCAGGCCGGGAGCCAUGCAGGGGUGUGCGAGGGAGAUCGAUGCUACCCCGAUGCCUCCUCCACCCUCAUGCCCUUCGGAGCGAGUGACUGUGUAACCGAACACCUCCCACGACCCACCCCCACCCCCUGAACCCCCUUCAUGGACAGAUCCCCCACAUCCUGGGGCAGAAGAGGCGUCGGGGAUGUCAGAAGUGGCAGCAGCAACAGCCACAGCAGCCAAAGAGAGGCAAGAGAAAGAGAAAGUGGGCAGUGGAGGGGUCCAGGAAGAGCUGGUCCCCGUGGUUGAGCUGGUCCCCAUGGUUGAAUUGGAAGAGGCCAUGACACCAGGCGUGGAGCUCCAGGGAGGCCCUGGAUCUGGUGGGGUCCCUGAAGCAACACCGAUGGUGCAGCUCCAGCAGUUACCACUAGGGGGCGAUGGAGAAGAAGGGGGCCACCCCAGAGCCAUUAAUAACCAGUACUCCUUUGUGUGACACCCUACCCCCACCCUUUCUCCACUUUCUUGCUCCUCAGCCCUCAGUUCCUGAGACGGGGGCUGAGCAGGGACAUAGAGGAGCGGUAGGAAUCCCCUCCCCAUAUGCUUCCUUACCCUUGAUGGCCAAGGGCAUAUAUGUUGGUACAAGAAGAGGUUCAAGAGUCCCGUUAACUCCCCAGUUCAUACACUACAGGUGCCCCGUCCCCUGGGGAGGGGACUUGGGCUCCAUUACCUCUCCAAGGGGCUCUAUGGUCAGCCCCGCCCCUGGGGGCCAUUUCCCCAUUAUCUACCCCCCAGCCCAAGGAGGGGUGAGGGGGAAGGGCUGUCAGUUAAUAUUAAGGUGGUUGUUGUUGUUGUUUUAAACAAAAUGGAGAAGCAUAAAUAAAUAAAAGGGUUUAUCUCAGUUCAUCGUG